AUAUAUACAGACCAAGCUACGCUAUACUCCAUACCUUUACCUUCUGCUUCUCUCCAUCGCCAUGGCUUCUCGUUCCCUUCUCUCUUUCCUUCUCCUCCUCCUCGUCACCAUUACCACCGCCUCCUUCUCCACCACCACCACUCCCUCUUUUCCAACAAAGAAGCUCAAAGAAAAACACAGCCACCUCCACUUUUUCUUCCACGACAUCGUCAGCGGCCACAACGCCACCGCCGUUCCCGUCAUCAAACCGGCCGAAGGCGCCCAUUCCAGGUCGGCCUUCGGCGCUGUAGUCAUAAUGGACGACCCGCUGACGGAGGGGCCUGACAUGAGCUCCCAGCUCGUAGGUCGGGCUCAGGGCAUGUACGCCGCGACGGCCCAAGAUGAGGUGGGCCUCCUCAUGACCAUGAACCUGGCCUUCAUGGCGGGGGAGUUCAACGGCAGCGUCCUCUCCGUACUGGGCCGCAACCAGCCACUCCAUCCGGUGAGGGAAAUGCCGAUCGUCGGCGGCAGCGGACUUUUCCGCUUCGCUAGGGGUUAUGCGCUGGCACGAACUCAUUGGCUUAAUGUCACCAACGGUGACGCUAUCGUGGAGUAUGAUGUGUAUGUCAUGCAUUAUUGAUUAAUAUUACCAUUUUGCUUGUAGUUUGUAUAAGUGUGCUCAUCUUUUUGAGGUUACCGCAGUGCUCAUUGUACCCAUAGAAUAAGUUUAUAGUAAUAAAAUUGAGUGAUUUUAUCAUUGUUUA